GAGAGAAGUUGCAGAGCUUCCAUGGUGGUUAAAGAAGAAUAUCUGGGGAAAUAUUUCUUCAUUCAGUGAUUUCAAUGCCAAAUUGUGGCUAGUUCGAACUUUAUCUUGUGUGAUUGUGGACUGUGACAAGUUAGCUCCAUGCGUUCAUUUUCGUAGAUUGCUGUUCAAUAUAUUUUUGCCCAGUCUUUCUUGAACGAGAUUGUUUUUCAGAGUAGUGGGAUUUUGGUUUUGUAGGGCGUCAUCUAUCAACUUCAUUUCCCAAAGAGCUUUUAAUAUAUCUGGUUUUUGAGAUGGAUAGUCCUUUUUCGAGGCCCAAAUCUUGCAGAACCGAAGUCCGAACAUUGAUAUUGAGUCUAGUGAUAAUAGUCACUAUUAUAUCAGUUUUUGAGUCUUUUACUUUCCCUCAUGGAACUACUUUGUUGCUUCUGAUUCCUGCGUUUAAGGUUCCUUUCAUUGAAUCUCUGAAUUUCACAUUCCGGAGUGUGGACUCUCCUCUAAAUCUAGCGAAACUUCGAGAACUGCCCACUUUGAGAGAUAAUGUAACAACCAAUACUGAACCCCAACUAUCCUUAAACACACCUGAAGUACUUCACAAAGAGGAAGAUCCCAAGCAAUUCUGGACAACUGAAGUCAGCUCUGAUAGAAAGUAUCCAAUUAAAGGUGCACCGAACAGCGAGGAAACAAAAAGAGACAUUCAUUCUGUUAAAGAAUUGGCUUUUUCUCAUCUACCUUUCUCAUCAUCAAUUUCUCCUGUGAAUGGGAUAUUGCCACUAAAUCUGGCGGCGGAAUCUCCAGUUAUACCUGUUUCCUAUGAUUUCUCAGCAAUAAGUGUAGAAGUGAUAGAGGUCCACCCUAAUAAAAGAAAUUCUGAGCUUUUAGAAAAUAACUCAGUGGUUUUCAGGAAGAACCCUACUGUAAAUAUAGCUCCAUACAACAAUCAAACAGUGGCAAAGGAUAACUCCCAUCUGGGCAACGGCCAAUCGACUCCAUUGAUGCAUGCUUCAAGGCGUAGACAUGGUCGAUAUCGCUCAAUGAAACACCGUUGGUCUUCUACACAUGACCCAGAUCUUCUCUAUGCAAAAGAACAAAUCCUGCAUGCUCCUCUUGUGACGAAGGAUCGGGAUCUCUAUGCUCCGGUAUUUCGAAAUUUAUCCAUCUUUAAAAGUUGCAGAAGCUACGAAUUGAUGGAACACAUAUUCAAGGUCUACAUCUAUCCAGAAGGGGAAAGACCCAUUUUCCAUAAGCCAGAUCUAAAGGGAAUAUAUUCCUCAGAGGGAUGGUUCAUGAAACUGAUAGAGGGUAACGAACAAUUUACAGUUAAGGAUCCAAGGAAAGCUCACAUGUUUUACUUGCCAUAUAGUUCCCGAAUACUACAACAAGUCUUAUAUGUUCCAAAUUCACAUAUACUAAGGCCUCUGGCUCUUUUCUUGAAGAACUAUGUUGACAUGAUCGCUGCUAAAUAUCCAUUUUGGAAUAGAACUGGUGGAACAGAUCAUUUUCUUGUUGCCUGCCAUGACUGGGGGGCUUACGAGACCAAGCUGCACCUUGAGCUCAGGAAAAAUGCCAUGAAAGCUCUCUGCAAUGCUGAUCUCUCAGAAGGCAUAUUCAAGCCAGGAAGGGACGUCUCUCUCCCCGAAACAUUUGUAAUCUCCUCACAGAACCCCACCAAAGACAUUGGAGGUAAACCCAUCUCUCAAAGAUCGAUUCUCGCCUUUUUUGCCGGAAAGUUACAUGGCAGAGUGAGACCCAUCUUAUUAAAACACUGGGAAAACAAAGAAUCUGAUAUGAAAAUCUUUGGUCCAAUGCCUUCUGGUCAUCGGAGAAGGAGAGCAUACAUCGAGUACAUGAAAUCAAGUAAAUAUUGCAUUUGCCCAAUGGGUUAUGAAGUUAAUAGUCCUCGAAUUGUAGAGGCAAUUCACUAUGAGUGUGUGCCUGUAAUCAUAGCUGAUAAUUUUGAGCUUCCUUUCAGUGAAGCACUGAAGUGGGAUGAGUUUUCAGUGGUGGUUUUAGAGAGAGAAAUACCAAGACUGAAGGAGAUAUUGUUGUCGAUACCAGAAAGAAGGUAUGCUUCAAUGCAGGAAAAUGUGAGAAGAGUGCAGAAGCAUUUCUUAUGGCACAACAAGCCCGUAAGAUAUGAUAUAUUUCACAUGAUUUUACACUCCAUUUGGUUUAACAGGGUGAAUACCUUGUGGGCCUGAGAAGAUGUGGAUUCUGGGUUAUUUUGAAGUGUAAAGUUUGAUUUCUAGAGCGAGAAAGAUUUUGAAGUGUAAGGUUUGAUCUCUACAUAGCCAGCAAGGGGUUAUCUUACUUGGAUAGAAGAAAUGGAAAAGAAAUCCAAGUUUUUCAUUUCUUAGUUUUUCAUGUUUCGUGAAUGAGUGAGAGCUUUGGAAGAGUAUAUAAUGAUUCAUCUUUUCAAUGGUCAAGAGAAAGGUUUUCUCAUUUGGAAAGACAAAUGGAAGUAUAGUAAGCGGCUUCUGAGUUUUCUCAUGAAUAAUUUAUCUCAGUUUGUAAUCACAUACAAGAGAGAGAGAGAAAGCUAUCAUGCCUAGAUGAGAGAGAGGGAGAGGUUUUAUGUACGGGGAUUGUAUAUAACGAAACCAUUUACUUUUUUUACAUAAGGGGUCACAAUUAUUUACAACCAUCCGAUGUAAAAUC